CAUUCAAAACUGUAGGUGUUUACGGUAAAUCGAGUAUGAGUUAGUUCCACCAGAACCGAAAAAUAUGAUAGGCACGACCACCUAAUACCUUCAUGAUUUAUGACAACUCAAUGCUGUCCGGUAAGGCGAGUAGAGUUAGCUAACGUAGUAAAUAGCGUUCGAACGAGUCAACAUUAUCAGACAAGAAAUGGAUAUACAAAGAUAUUGGGACUUAUUAUUUGAUAAUCCAUCAGAUGAGGAUGAUGAUAUUGACUACCUUCCACCUGAACGUGAGUUUCAUCCUAAGGUCCCAGAGUUUUUUGAAACUGUCGUAUUGACAUAUUCUUUAACAGAUUUCAAGUCACAUUUUCGAUUAGAAAAACAUACUUAUGAGAGAUUAGUACAAGAUCUUGGACCUCAAUUAUAUCGUGAGCGUGGUGCUGUAAAAAUGUCUCCUCAUAAGCAAGUAGCUAUUACAUUAUGGUGCCUCGGUAAUCAAGAAGUUUACAGGUUAACUAACUCUACUCGCCUUACCGGACAUCAUUGAGUUGUCAUAAAUCAU